GGCCAAAGUCGUCCUGGCUUACAGCUUGUCGCCAGUUUCCUGACCUCCCUUCACAGCCUGGCCGGUGGGCUGGUACUACAUUUAGACUACAUACAUUCCGCGCACCACAGACUCGGCGAUGUCGGCGAGGGCACUCCUCGUGCUGCUGGCCCUGGCGCCUGUUGCCUGCUCCCUGUCGCUCCACAGGGCGGAGGAGGCGGCGGGCGACAUGAUGUUCGCCCUGUCGUCCGAGGGCGCCUCGAAGGCCGAGGCCGAGGCGGGGGCCGGGGACGUGCUGGCCGCCCUGUCGUCCGUCUCCGAGGCGCAGGAGGAGCGCACCGAAGACGAGUACACCUCCGUGGGCAGCCUGCUCUCCGAGGCAGAGGCGCUCCUGCAAGAGGAGGUGGCGAGCAACCAGGAGGCGGCCGAGGAGGAGAUCGCGCUCCUCCAGGAGGUGGAUGCCGACGAGAAGGUGGCCGAGGAGGAGAUGGACGCGGACAGCGACCCCGAGGCGCCUGCGGCCGAGGCGGCCCCUGCGGCCGAGGAGCCCGCCGCCCCAGCGGCCGCGGUGCCCGCCGCGGAGGCCGCCCCAGCGGCCGAGGCGGCCGUGGCGGGCAGCUCCGAGGGUGCCGCCACCAACGCAUCGGUGAACGCCACUGAAGUGCAGGCUGACGAUAACCAGAGCAGGGCCAACUUGUCCACGUAUUUCGACCCGAAGCUGAUGGCCAUUUUCCGGGAGAAGCAGGCGCACCUUAAGGAGACAAUGAAAGAUUUCAUGGUGUCGAAGAAGGAGCUGGACGUGGCCAAGUUGGCCGCGAACUUGGCGAUGAAGAAGCUGAGGCUGGCGACCGAGAAGCGGAGGAAGAUCCUGAUGGGCGAGAGGAUGGCCGAGGCCGAGGAGCGUCGGGCGAUCAAAGAGAACCGUCGACAGGCCAAGACGGAGAUGACCGCGCGCGCGGAGCAGUUGUUGGAGGAUUCUCUGGGUGGCCUGGCGGGCGUGAACAUGAGCUACAUGGUGGACGUUGUCCUGGCCUUGCCAGAGGCUCUACAGGACGAGGAGUUCGUGGAGGACUUCCGCAACGUGACGAAGAGGGUGGACGUGAAUGUCAGGAAGUUUUUGGAUCAGACCCAGCAGAAGACCACCCAGUUCGUCAAAGACAGCACCUCCGCUUCUGACGUGGAGUUGCGUUUCAUCAUGGCGAAGUUCUUCCACGAGUCCGGCUUCCGCCUCCGAGGGCUCCACCAGGACAGUUUGAAGGCCAUCCAGUUGCUCAGGCGCACGGUCCCGGAAGACCUGGAGAGGGCGCUAUUCCCGUUCCUCGGGCAGCUGAAUGCCAACACGGUGCGCCUCAGGAUCAAUGCCACCAGCCUGGCCACCGCCACCCCUAAGGAGGCGUGCGACCAGAUCACACAAAUCAUGGCCAACGUCAGCGAUU